UUUCGUCUCCUUGCAUCCAAGAUGACCAAGAAAAGAAGGAACAAUGGUCGUGCCAAAAAGGGCCGCGACCACAUGCAGCCUAUUCGUUGCACGAACUGUGCCCGAUGCGUGCCCAAGGAUAAGGCCAUUAAGAAGUUCGUCAUUCGGAACAUCGUAGAGGCUGCAGCCGUCAGGGACAUUUCCGAAGCGAGUGUUUUCGACGCCUAUGUACUGCCCAAGCUGUAUGUGAAACUACAUUACCGUGUGAGUUGUGCCAUUCACAGUAAAGUAGUUAGGAAUCGUUCUCGGGAAGCCCAGAAGGACCGAACACCUCCACCCCGAUUUAGACCUGCGGGUGCUGCCCCACGACCUCCACCAAAGCCCAUGUAAGGAACUAAGUCCUUAAAGACUGAAGAAAUCCUGUUCUCUGAAAAGAAAAUAAAAUGGAAAUUAUA